AUGGAUGUGAAGCCAACGAUAAUCAAUGGUAAAGUAGUACCGUUUGGGUCGCUGUCGGUGGACACGAACUCGAGGACCCCCUACACGGACGCCACCCAAUGCAAGAAAGUGACGAAUCAUAUCAAACGGCCGAUGAAUGCGUUUAUGGUUUGGUCGCAGAUCGAGAGGAGGAAGAUCUGCGAACAGCAGCCGGAUAUGCAUAACGCGGAGAUCAGCAAACGGCUCGGGAAGCGCUGGAAGACCCUCUCCGACACCGAACGGCAGCCAUUCAUAGAGGAGGCCGAGCGGCUGCGCGUACUUCAUAUGCAACAAUAUCCCGACUACAAGUACCGGCCGCGCAAGAAGGUGAAGUCCGCCGCUAACGGUUCCCAAUCGCCCACACCGUCGAUGCCCUCUCCAGCCGUACACCAGUCGCCAAAUGUCAAGUCGUUGGCCAACAAUCAGCGCCACAAUCAGUCGCCGAAGCAGUCCCUGUCGGCCACCGUCGCGGCCACCGGUUUGUCCGCCUCGCAAGUGGUUAAACAGCGGCUGGGAUUCGGCGGCGGCGCCAACGCCUCCGUCACCUCAACCACCACCUCAUCGCCGGCCCUGUCAUUAGCCCUCAACUCCAACAGUCGCCUGAAGUUUAAGCUAACGAUCGACAAGAAACUCAAAGAGAGUAUCAACAGAAGCAAAGCGGUUCCGGUGCCGGUGUCGCAGCUGACGCCGCCGGCCAAAGUGCCCUCGAGUCCCGGCGCGUCUGACUCUCCCGGUUCGCCCGAAAGUGCCAACUUGUCCUUCUAUGACGACAUGUGUUUCGAUAAGUCCGGCGCCGACGACGUGCUCAUGACGGACGACGCGACCGGCGCUAUGACACCCAUCACGCCCUCCAACCAAACCACACCAUUCGCCACCUCAACCGCCAUAACCAUUGGCGGCUCCUCUGCCACCACCUCCACGACGACGAUGACUCCGUUCACACUGACCACAGCCGGUCUCACAGCCGAUCUCGGUCUGGGCUCCGCACAGGCGCUCCACCAUCCGUCCACUUUGGGCGCGUCCGCAAUGUUGACGCCCUCCACGUCUAAGGCCUCAUCGCUGGCCUCUCCCACCACCUCAUCGUCGGUGAGUCUAUCGGAUUUGGACGACUUGAGUGAUGUCCUGCAGUUCGAGUCCAAUUGGGCCCAAGAGUUGGCCAGUUUUAAUCUGACGCCGAUAUCAGUAUUGGACAACAUGGACACCGCGUCCAGCAGUUCCGGCUCGCACUUCGAGUUUCCCGAUUACGCGCCCGAAGUGAACGACAUAUUGGGUGAGGACUGGGGCGACACCAGUCUCGCCAAUCUUAUUAACUCAUAA